CAUAACACCAGGUUUCGCUGACUGAGGAAAUUUUGGAGGAAUAUAAAUUUGAGGACGAAACCAUUGGUUGAGCACAGUCUGCAGGUUUUCGCCGGAGAGGACCCAUCCGGCAUGGUUUGGAAGGAAAAUGGCAAGUUUGGCAUUCACACUGGCCGAACCCUCCGAAAUUCUUCGACUAGUCUUGGUAAAGCAGACUGCGGAUUCCUUAUCAAAACUGUUAGAAACCAAAACAUCAACUUCACUGAUGAACAAGUCAGGGGCUGUCUGAAAAGGUUUCAGAUAGGAGACGGCCUCGACGAAGACAGUGUGGUGAAGGAAAGCCGUGAUGAUCGCCAUUGGCGCUUUGGUGGUGGUGGGGGAUAUCUGGACUACAGAGUGUUGUACUCCCUUGGAAAGCGUAAAAGAUGGCUCAUGACAACGGUUUUGAGAGAGAAAAUACCCGAAGAUUACGACAGCGGAAACGAAUACAAGGUUAUCCUUGUAGAAAGACUAUCAGUCCACGGGUCUUCUUGGUACUGUUCUUCUCCAAGGCUCAGGCGAGGCGAUUGUCGCGCGGUUUUAGAAGGAGAAGAGGCGAGGAAACCGAAACGAAGAAAGUUCGCUCAUGUCGGCGAUUUACGUAGUAAGUCGAACGAUGCCUGCAAAACUGAAAUCCUUUACGAAGUGAAUCAGACAGAAUCUUCUUCGUGUUGGCCUAGCUACCUGCAGCACGACUUGAGGGAUUUCAGAGAGCAGAACAAGGCCCGCUGUAAGAAGAAAGGGGUGAAGAACAAAACACGUUUGUGGGGAGAGUUUAGCAAUUACGAUUUGAACAAGACUCCCUACCAAAUUCUACGAGAAAGAAAUCUGGAUUACGGCCCAGAGACUGAUCACAGUAAGGACAAGCUGGUUUCAAGUUCAGAUAAGCAAGAGCACUUUUCAAGAUUGGAUAAAUGUGACUUUGAUCUAGGGAAAUACAUUUCUGAAGCUUUAGCUGGAACCUCUGCAAAAACUGACAACAAGAACCGUAAGAAAAAUGGAAAGACAAGUGUCCUCAAGGAGACAGAAUUAAAGGCUGUCAACCCAGCUUCGUCUCAGCUAGUUAAGUACCAUGAGAAGGGUUCUGCAGUCCAUGUUAACUGUGUUGACGUUUUGGAUGGUAUCCAUGCCAACCCAGGGAUUGGUACUACAAAUGUUGGCCAUCCAGGUGUGCCUGUAACAACAGCAAGUGUUCCCCAAAAUAGGUCAUUUUCUGUAGAUGUAGACAUCACUAAUGACAAACUUGACAGACAGGCAUUGCACAUGCAAUUUGGAGAGAUGUACAUAGAAGGUGAAAGUGCACCUCGGCGAUUCAGUAUUGGCGUCUCAGAUCCGUCCACAAAAUUUGUCUUUACAUGUCACCCCUAUAGUACUAAGACUACAGAUGAGAGAGCUAUAAGAGUGACUGUCGCUGUUGUGAGUGAUGCACUGCCUUCCCAACAGUCUCAGCACUGCAAGGAAUUCUUGGAGAAUUUCUUUGGAAUUUUGGAGUGUGAGAGCAAAGUUUUGGAAGAACCUUUACCUGCUGAUAAAAGUUCACUUGAUUACAGCCCAAACUCAAACAACAACCAACUUGACAGAGUAGCAGUCAUGCCCUUUGAUUUGUUGUGCGAUAUCAACAGGUGGUCCUACAGGGCAUUGACUGUGAGUCUGGCUUUGCCCGAUAUUCUGAGUAACAAUGCACUUUUCCCUGCUCAACCAGCUACAGGUGAUGGAGAAUCUAAAACUACCAUCAUACCUGACACUGUUGUGUGUGAAGUCUGUUGCUGUGAGUUUUAUCAUGACACUCGCGAUGAUACCAGAACAUUUGCAUUUCCUUGUACUGCUCUGAAGGCCUGUCUCCACUGGUUCUGCAAUGAUUGCUGGAAGGGUUAUCUCUCUGCUCAGUUACAACAAGGAAAAAUAUUCGUGAAAUGCCCAGCAUAUGACUGCAAUACCAUUGUGGAUGAUGUGACACUUAUGGGUCUUCUACCAGGCAUGUUUCGUAAACUGUUAACCAUGAGGCAAGAGAAAGCUGUGGAGAUGAGUUCCAAGUGGAAGUGGUGUCCCAGGAACAAGUGUAACCUGGUUGUGAAGGCAGCUUCACACAAAGGCUUCAAAGGCAAAGAGGACAAGACUGCUUCAUUGCCUGUUCAUUGUUCGUGUGGGCAUACCUGGUGCUUUUCUUGUCAAGAGGAGCCCCAUUGGCCAGCCUCAUGCAAUGAGGCAGCAUUUUUUCACUCACAGACAGAAACAUAUGAAGAAAUUGUGAAAACUAAAUCAGGUGGAAUAACUUCUGUAAAUGUCAAGAGAUGUCCUCACUGCAGCUAUCCCAUUGAAAAGAAUCAAGGAUGUCCUCAUAUGGUUUGUGGCAUGUGCGAGGGAGAAUUUUGUUGGACCUGUCUUGGGCCCUGGAAUGAUAAACACUGGAGUGCAGACUGUGACCAAAAGUUCAAAGAAGAAGAGGAGGUAGAGCUGGUCAAUGAUAUUGGAUCAACACGAUUUAAUGCCAAUUUGCGGGUUGCAAUUGUGAACCGCAUGGCAAGAGCUGGUCCCAUGUUGUACAAGAAGUACAGUGCUGUUAAGAGGCUAGAAGAAGCAUUGCACUUUCAUGAAGUUUUCAAUAGCCACUGCCCUCCUGUAAAAAGAUCAACACCAUCAAGUAACAAUUUAUUACUGAGCCUUUACAACUCUCAUCAUCUCCCUAAGUAUCUUAAACUGUCAGCAGAUUUCAAGUUUCUGGCUCAUUUUGUGGUUGAGGGUGUCUCGAUAUUGAUGGCAGUUUCGAAAACAAAAAGGCGACACAAUGAGCUGAAGAGACUUGUAUCAACCCUGCUGUUUGUUGCAGAGAGACUGGAACAUUUGGCUGAUAAAAGGAAACUUUGCUCACAGAGUGACAAGGUGCAUUUUGAAAUGCUCUUGAAAGCUGGAAAGCAUUGCAUUGAAUGUGUGAGAAGAGUCUGCACGAACAUUCAUCAUCACUGAAAGAGUGACUUUAGAUAAACAAUUAAUUGAAACUUAAAAAUUUGAUUAAGACAGAUAUUUGGUAGAAUAUCUUAUUAAUUGACUACCUAAAUGGAUGGAUAGCCAGGACGGUGAGAAUUUAAAAAAAAAAAUGAAUUGGAUCCAUCUGAACAUUUAAAAUUGUGAAAGUGGAAAUUAUCUACUUUGUGGUUAUGAUAAAUAGUUAUUUUGGCCCUUUUAAAACAUUGAAAUGUCUUCUAGAUUUCCCAAGUUAAUUAUAAUUAAAA